AUGAGGAAGUGCUCCCGGGCCACCGGGCCCGCGCCGCUCCCUGCCCGCCACUUCCUGCCGGGGAUGGGGCGGGGUGCGCCCUUCCCAGACCCUGCGCCCCUGAGCGCGCCUGCCGGACCGCCGCUGCCCGGGCACCCGAGCCUGCGCAGCCGCUUCCCGCGCCCUGGUGGGGAAGCGGUGGGGCUGGAGGAAAAGCGAGCGCGAGCCGGCCAGGUGCCCGGUCGCCCGGAGCCUGUCCCGGGCCCCGCACCGCCGCGCGGGGAAGCUGAGCGCACGGCGCUCCCCGCGGCCGCAGCCGCAGCCACAGCCGCAGCCGCCCAGCCAGUGCUCCUGCUGGUCUCCCCGCUCUUGCGCUGCCUGCCCGGGUCGCCGUGGCGGGUUCUUCCCGCCCCUGAGAACUCAGCGUCGGACGCAUCUUCUCGGGAUCACUCCUUGUCGUGCUCCUUUGUUACCGGCAGAUACUGUAAAGCUGACCAUGUGGGGACCACCUUUCUCGAGGAAGACGGAGGUCUGGAGAUAGAGGAGCCGCCUGGCCUGGGGCUGAUCGUGGGGGGGCCCGACCCCGACCUGCUCACGUGUGGACAGUGUCAGAUGAACUUCCCCCUGGGGGACAUCCUGGUUUUUAUCGAGCACAAGAGGAAGCAGUGCGCGGGCCUGGGUGUCUGCUAUGGCAAGGGCCUGGACAAAGGCAGUCCGCCGCCCGCCCCGCGCUCCGAGCUCAGGAAAGUGUCCGAGCCGGUGGAGAUCGGGAUCCAGGUUACACCCGACGAAGACGACCACCUGCUCUCGCCUACCAAGGGCAUCUGCCCCAAACAGGAGACCAUUGCAGGGCCGUGCAGGCCUGCCCAGCUGCCAGCGAUGGCCCCCAUCGCUGCGUCCUCCUACCCUCACACAUCUGUGAUCACACCGCCGCUGCGCGCGCUGGGCGCCCUCCCGCCCUGCCUGGCCCUGCCGUGCUGCGGUGGGCGCCCGCUCUCGGGGGACGGCACUCAGGGUGAGGGUCAGACGGAGGCUCCGGCCCCCUUUGGAUGCCAGUGUCAGUUGUCAGGUAAAGACGAGCCUUCCAGCUACAUUUGCACAACAUGCAAGCAGCCCUUCACCAGCGCCUGGUUCUUGCUGCAGCACGCGCAGAACACGCACGGCUUUCGCAUCUACCUGGAGCCGGGCCCGGCCAGCAGCUCGCUGACCCCUCGCCUCACCAUCCCGCCGCCGCUAGGGCCCGAGGCCGUGGCCCAGUCCCCGCUCAUGAAUUUCCUGGGCGACAGCAACCCCUUCAACCUGCUGCGCAUGACGGGCCCCCUCCUGCGCGAGCACCCGGGCUUCGGGGAGGGCCGCCUGCCCGGCACGCCGCCCCUCUUCAGCCCGCCGCCACGUCACCACCUGGACCCACACCGCCUCAGUGCCGAGGAGAUGGGGCUCGUCGCCCAGCACCCCAGUGCCUUUGACCGAGUCAUGCGCCUCAACCCCAUGGCCAUCGACUCGCCCGCCAUGGACUUCUCGCGGAGGCUGCGGGAGCUGGCGGGCAACAGCGCCACGCCGCCGCCCGUGUCCCCGGGCCGCGGCAACCCUAUGCACCGGCUGCUGAACCCCUUCCAGGCCAGCCCCAAGUCCCCGUUCCUGAGCACUCCGCCGCUGCCCCCGCUGGCCCCCGGGGGCACCCCGCCGCCGCAGGCCCCCGCCAAGAGCAAGUCGUGCGAGUUCUGCGGCAAGACCUUCAAGUUUCAGAGCAACCUGAUCGUGCACCGGCGCAGCCACACGGGCGAGAAGCCCUACAAGUGCCAGCUGUGCGACCACGCGUGUUCGCAGGCCAGCAAGCUCAAGCGCCACAUGAAGACGCACAUGCACAAGGCGGGCUCGCUGGCUGGCCGCUCCGACGACGGGCUCUCGGCGGCCAGCUCCCCGGAGCCCGGCCCCAGCGAGCUGGCCGCCGAGGGCCUCAAGGCGGCCGACGGCGACUUCCGCCACGAGAGCGACCGGUCGCUGGGCCACGAGGUGGAGGAGGAGGAGGAGGAAGAGGAGGAGGAGCUGGAGGAGGAGGAGCUGCUGCUGGAGAACGAGAGCCGGCCGGAGUCCAGCUUCAGCAUGGACUCGGAGCUGAGCCGCAGCCGCGAGAACGGCAGCCACGUGGGCGUGGGCGUGGGCGGCAACAGCCCAGGCAGCCAGUUCCACCUGGAUGUGACCCUGAUCUGGUGUGUCUCCCUCCUGUGUGAUGUCACCUGUGCCAGCCAGGCCAGGUGUGGGCUCCUGCAGGUGGUCCUUCCAGGGGACCCCGCUGUGGUGGAGCCCCUCCGGAGUCUGCUGCUCUGCUCCGGAAGGGAGACUGAGAGGCUGAGGCUGGCGCUGCGGCAGGAGAGGGAGCGGCAGGACUUCGGGGCCGAGUUAAUUACCAGCUCGUAUGGCGGCAGGAAACAGGGCCCCCGCGGUCUAAUUCUACCCUCGGAAACAUUUGGACAUUUUAUGGAAGAUGCUGCUGCCGUUUACGACAACGCACAAAACAGGUAA